AUGAGCUUCAUGAGUUCUAAAUCUAACACUCCGACAACGGCGACAAGUACACCAGAAAAUGAUCAAAAUAUUGAUAAUCCUACAACAUCAAGUGCUUUUAACGACAUUAUUUUAAUUUCGGAGACUGCAGAUAAUUCUAGUGCUGAUAUUCACAACAAUGUAGCUUAUUCCGGAGACACAUUUAAUGAUGAUCUAGGUGAUUUAGUAUCUGGACCGAAUAGACCAAUACAAAAGGAAUAUCCAAAAUCAAAAUUUGGUUCACAAAAUCGCGCAUUUUCAUCUUCUUAUUAUGCUAAUUUUGAGUGGUUAGAGUAUAGUAUCAAGAAAAAUGCUGUAUUUUGUUAUGCUUGCCGCAUGUUUGCAAACAAUUUUGGUUAUACUGAAGAUACAUUUAUCAAAACUGGGUUUAAUAAUUGGAAAAAAAUAUCUUCAAAAUUAGCGUCUCAUGCUGGUACUAAAAUACAUGUACAAAGUACUGUAAGAUUGUCUGAAUAUGUAUUCAGUAAAAAGUCAGGGUCUGUUUUAUCAAAAAUGUGUACAGCCAAUAAAGUUUUAAUAGAAAAAAAUAGAAAAUAUGUAUCUCAGUUAAUAGAUAUAGUUUUAUACCUGAGCAAACAAGGAAUUGCAUUUAGAGGUCACGAAGAAUCAUUUAAAUCAACAAAUAAAGGAAAUUUUAAAGAAAUGUGUGAACUAUUUGCCAAACACCUUCCAAGUUUCAACGAAAUACAUGAGAGAAAAAUAAACUUAACUAGUUGGCAAAUUCAAGAAGAUAUAAUUGACAUCUGUGCAAACUUAGUAAACAAAGAAAUAUUUAAACAGAUAACGGAAACGGGUUUUUUUGCAAUAAUGUGUGAUGAAGCAAGAUGUUUUAAAGAAGAGCAGCUUUCAAUUUGUGUGAGAUAUUCAGUUAAAUUUCAAGUUUUUGAACGCUUUUUGGGAUUUGUAAAUGUAUCAACUGGGCAAGACGCUAGUCACAUAGUUUCAGCCAUAUUUUAUUUUUUUGAAAAGCAUAAAGUUGAUAUGAAUGCUGUUAAGAUUAUUGCACAGUCAUAUGAUGGUGCAAGUGUCAUGUCAGGGCAUCUUAAUGGAGUCCAAUCAAAAAUUAAAGACUUUUAUCCAUGUGCUAUUUACACCCACUGCAUGGCACACCAACUAAACUUAAUUGUUGUUGAUACGUGUAAAAAUAUUAAGGGAGCUCGUACAAUAUUUAACGUACUUGAAGCUGUAUAUGUCCAUUUUUCAAGACCUUUAAAUAAUUCAAAGUUAUGUGACAUUCAAUCUAAAUUAGGUUUAAAAAAAGGCAAUAUGUUAAGAGUAUGCGAUACUAGAUGGGUUUGCAGGUACAAAAAUUGCGAGGCUAUGUUAAAUAAUUUUAAUGCAAUUGUUAAAUACCUUGAAAAUGAAAUUGAUGAACAAUCUGAUAAAGAUAUUGCUCAAGCUAUUGGCAUAUUAAGUUCUAUACAGAAAUGUGAAUUCAUUAUUUUUCUUAUUAUUCUUAAAGAUGUAUUGAGUAUAAUGAACAUAUUAAGUAAUAGUUUACAAAGUAAAACAGCAACACUUGGUAAAUCUAAAAAUAUUAUUGAGUCCGUUAUAAAAACAUUUGAAACAUCAAGAACAGAUGAGGAAUUCCAUAAUGUUUGGAAAAAAAUAGUUAAUUUUGCUGAUGAAAAUAAUAUUAACUUACAAAUUCCAACUAUGGGAUCCAAACGUCAAAGAAGAGAAACUCAAAAUCUUCAUGAUUAUGUGGUGUUUGUAACUACUGGAGCAGAAAAUGAAGUAGUAGAUUCAAACACUACGGUUGAAAUAUACUGGCAAAGAGUAGCCUACAUGCCUAUUAUUGAUUCUAUUGUAAGACAUCUCAAGUAUAGAUUCUCCAAAGAGAGUUUAUUUAUGGCAAGCUCUGUUGAAAGUUUUAUUAAAAUGGAUUUUGUUGAAAGAUGUUUUAAUGAUAGAUAUUCAUGCUUUAAAAUCAGAAAUGAAUGUAGCAAGAAAUUGCAUGAUUACCAUAAAACCGGAUUUUGA